UCCUCUGAUUGGCCGCUGGUGGAUAUUUACGGAAGUAGUAAUCUGGAAAGUAGUUUACGUGAGCCACACGGUAGUUUGUCCACCUGUUCUUAGUGAUAUGCUAAUAUGCAGACAGAUGAACAUGUUUCCGUUCUAAAAGCCGAUUUGUUAAAAUCUUGCGGGACAUUUCGUGUUCUUGUGGGCGUGACGGGAAGCGUUGCAGCCUUGAAACUGCCUCUGUUAGUACCCCAGCUUCUUCAGCUCCCAGGGGUGGAUGUAAGAGUAGUCACCACGGAUCAUGCCAAGCACUUUUACAAUCCUGCAGAGGUUUCAGUAAGAAUCUACAAUGACAAGGAUGAGUGGGAGCUGUGGACUCAGAGAUCUGACCCUGUUUUGCACAUUGAGCUAAGGCGCUGGGCAGACCUGCUUGUCAUUGCCCCUCUUGACGCCAACACUCUUGGAAAGAUUGCUAAUGGAAUUUGUGACAAUCUCUUGACAUGUGUGGUAAGAGCCUGGGAGACCAGUCGCCCUCUCCUCUUCUGCCCUGCAAUGAAUACAGCUAUGUGGCAGCAUCCCAUUACAGCGCAGCAGGUAUCCAGGCUCACAGAGUUUGGAUAUGUGGAAAUCCCCUGCAUUGCUAAGAAGCUAGUAUGUGGAGAUGAAGGUAAAGGUGCCAUGGCAGAGCUAUCGACUAUUGUCAGUGUUGUCAAACAAUAUCUUCCAACAAAACCAGAUGAGUCAUCUCAGAAAACAUGCACAUGACAUCAUGUUUUACAUUCAACCGGCGCAAAAGACAAGUAGAAAAUUGGCAUGACUCUUCAAACACACAAAGGAUUCACAGUUGCAUUCUUCUUUUUUACCUUUUCUUGUCGGGAUUGCGUGGGUGUGUGCUGACCUUCACCGAUAUCUCAUAUUAGUCAUUCCUAGCAUAGCUUGACGUGUAACCUCUGCAGCAUGAUCAGCCACAGUAACAAAAAAGACUUGCGUGUCAUUUUAUAAUUGGCAAUUAAAAUAAUUUGUUGCUGGUCUUAACAUGAAUCAUCUGUUCAGGGUGACUUCAUACUUAUGAUUGGUGGCUUGUUGGAAAGAGACGAAGCCCUUCCCCAUUUCUGCAGUGAAAUAUUAAUCCCAAAAUAGUAUACUUGUGUUGUUUAGACGGCAACAAUUCAUUAGUGACAUCAUCAAGCUUAUGUGAAUAAGUUUUUAAAAAUGCAGUUCAUGCAUUGACAGUGUUUCUGUCACUGUCACACACACUGAUGUCAGGUAUGUGCAUAUGAUUGUGUUUCGUCAAAUUACUGUAUACAUUCAAAUCAUUUCCACCUUCUUAUAAAAAUGAUAGUAAUUUCUUAUCUGUUAGCAUUUACACGCUAUUGUGUCUUCGAAAUGGAAAUGGAGAAAAUGUUGUCGGUGUGAUAAAAAUCUGGUUUGCCAA